AUGGGACGCAGGGCGGCACCACAGCCGCUGGCCCUCAAGUCUGAUUCCGCCCUGCGCAGUGACGGCCGUGACGACCGUGACGACCUGCCCACUGCUGAAACAACGACGACAACCACAACGAUAUCCACCACCACAACAUCCCCAGGCGUCUCGCCCGGCCACUCCAGAUCGCCCCGGUCUCCCCGCUCGCCUUUCCACAGCCGAUUCUCCUCGUUGAGGUCCCAAGCCAGCAGACAAAAGGCUUCCCCUGUCGCAGCAGUCACACCAGCGACCGUCGCCGCUGCGCGAGACCAGCCCAGCCCCCACGAGCCCGUUGACCACACCCCCGACGAGGAUUCACCCUCACUCUAUUCUUCCAUCUCGUCCGCGUUGGAACCGUCGCAGCCCGCCACGGGCCCACCACCCGCCACUACCACCGUUGCCUCCCCCUCGACACCCUCGUCCCAAGCCGAGGCCAGGAAAGGAACAAAGAACGGCUUCUUUCAUUUCAGCAAACCCUCCAAGUCAUUUGGCCCUUCCCAGCCACAUGUGCAACACCACCACCGGAAGGACACCGAAUCGCGAAACCAAAUGAUGUCUAGAGGCACCGACGGGCGUAGCCGGCCGAAACAUGGAGACCCCUCAUACUCCGAACACUCUCUCCAUAAACCCACUUCCGCCGACCCUCUGCGAAGCGAUAUCUCCGUCUCAUCUGCUGGCGAGUACGACGCCGCUUCACCCCAGUCAUCGAAGAAAGGCAGCAAGCCGAAGCCCUUCGGCCGCAUCCAUCGCACAAAAUCCGACCGCGACAAAGAAGGGAUCAAGCCUGGAUUGAAGCCCAUCCCUGUCCCCGCCCACACCCGCGCUCACACUCACGCUCACACUCACGCCCACGCCCAAACCCACGGCUACAAUAACGAACCCGAAGUUUACCUCAACUCCAUCCCUCUAAGGACCGCACCUGUCGGUCCGGAUCGAUCCUUCAGAGACAUGAUGAGCUCCGCCGUGCGGAACCGAUCUGAAGAUCGCGCCCCCGCCCGAGAUUCGUCUGCGACCAGAGAGCAUCACCGAGAGAAUCAAUCCAGAACCCAACCAUCGUCUCUGAGGGAGAAUGGAGGCUCCAACUUCCUGAGUGGGCUUAGAAGUUCAUCUACCCGCGCGGCCGACAUUUUCAGCAAGGGUUUCUUUGGAAAGAGCGGGCGUAGUGGAGGCGCGUCGGAGAGGGAGUCUGGAAUCGACGACGAGCAUUAUCAGCUCAAGGUGAUCAACCUGCCCCUGGUCGAGCAGGCUCGUUUGACGAGAAUCUCUACGCGACUUGAAGACUCGAGAGACAAGACGGAAUUCUGGAUGCCCGCAUUCCCCUGGCGGGCUAUUGACUACUUGAACUAUAAGGGGUGUGAGGUGGAGGGCCUUUAUCGUGUCCCGGGAAGCGGCCCGCAGAUCAAGAAAUGGCAGAGGAAGUUUGACGAGCAAUACGAUGUCAACCUAUUCGAAGAGCACGAACUCUACGAUAUCAACAUCAUCGGCUCCAUGCUCAAGGCGUGGCUGAGGGAGUUACCCGACGAGCUGUUCCCCAAAGCGGCACAAGACCGCAUAGCGCGAGAAUGCGCAGGCGCUGAGGAGGUCCCCGACCUGCUCAUCGAAGAGCUCUCGAACCUCUCCCCCUUCAACUACUAUCUUCUAUUCGCCAUAACCUGCCACCUUAGUCUUCUCCUUGCACACUCGGACAAGAACAAGAUGGAUUUUAGGAACCUCUGCAUCUGCUUCCAGCCAUGUAUGAAGAUUGAUGCUUUCUGCUUCAAGUUCCUUGUGUGCGACUGGCGGGACUGCUGGAAAGGGUGCAAGAAUGAGGGCAGGUACAUCGAGGAGGAAUAUACUCUCUUCGACCAACCCCCACCGCGAGGUCUGGCCGAGCCGCAGAUGCCCAAGGCUCAGGAAUCCGACAACGAACGCCAGCAGCUCUCUUCAUCCGACAGCAGCAAGAGAUCUGGCCUCGGCCCCGCAGAUCACAAGGCUCCCCCUCGGAAUAAGACCGCCCCUCGACAUAAGGCUCCUGCUGAUCACAAGGCUCCCACCGAUUACAAGGCUCCCAAGAAGAACCUUCAAUUGUCCCCAUCCAACGGCAGCGUGGCUUCCAAUAACCCAUCCCUCCCUAAUACCUUGACCCUCAACAACGACCUUGAGCCGGGUAGGAGAUCGGGGGAUAUUAGGCCACUCUCGCCUAUAAAGCCGCUCUCGCCUCUUGGAUUCUAA